AUGUCUCGUAGAAAAACAAAACAGUCAUCAGAGGAUGUUGAUCCUAAUGAAAUUGAAAUAUUAGAAUUAAAACACGCAAGAAAAGUUAUCACGGAUAGAUUAAACAGAUUCGUGGAAUUUUUAUAUCAGGAACGCGAAAAAGACAUUCUAAAUUUAGAUGAAUUUCAAAUCGAAUGUCGGCUAAAAAGUGUCGAAGAGGAUUUCUCUGAAUUUGACAAAACUCAAACACGCCUAGAGUUUCUAGAUUCAACAGAAAUAGAUUAUCGCUUAGAUACAGAAUCAUGUUUUUACAAUCAAAUUUCCCAAGCCAAAAAACUUAUUUCUUUAGCUCAAACUGCGCUUACACAGCAAAAAUUAGCAUCCGAUCCGCGUUAUUUGGCGACGGAGGCAGCGGCAGCGGCUUCAUCGUCACAAGCAGGCGUUCGCGUUGUUGCCAAUAGUAAGAUUCCGGAUUUUGCUCUUCCUUCUUUUCACGGUAAUUAUGAGUCGUGGUAUAGCUUUAAAGACGUUUUCUCUUCGAUCGUAGGUAACAAGCAGGAUAUUAGUGACAUCGACAAAUUGUUAAUUUUAAAAUCAUGCUGUAAAGACGACGCGAAAAAAUUAAUCGAUUCAAUUGAGCUAACCUCAGAUAAUUAUACUAUCGCCUUUGAAUUAUUGAUGAAGCGAUAUGAAAAUCGUAGAGCAAUAAUCAACACGCACGUAAAUAAAAUAUUAUUUGACCUCCCAAACGUACAAAAGGAAUCAUCCUUUCAUCUACGAAAAUUGUUGGAUACAUUACACCAACAUUUAGCCGCGUUGGAAAAAUUAAAACUUCCUGUGAGACAGUGGGACGUUCUUCUAAUUCCAAUCAUAGUGCAAAAAUUAGACGAUCGUACUAAGCGAGAGUGGGAAAACAAACAGACCGAACAACUACCAACUUUAGAACAAUUAAAAGAAUUUUUAACCAAAAAAUGUUUCACGCUCGAAGCUGUUCAAGUAACAGACACUCAAAAAUCAUUUAAUACGCAAAAUAAAAAUUCGUACAAUCAAAAUUCUCAACAUAAAGUUGCACAAAAAUAUUUACAAAAGGGUAACAGACUAGUUUCUUGUCCUAAUACCCAAUUUCAAGAUAACAAUUACUCGAACGACAAUAAUAACUCGGCUUCUAAAUUUAAUCAAACAAAUCAAUACUCCGGCAAAUUUGGUCAACAUUUUUCUUGUUUCAUUUGUAAACAAAAUCAUCCUAUUUUUACAUGUCCAAUUUUCAUAAAUCUUCCAAUCUCAGAAAAAUAUGCUGAGAUAAAUAAAAAUAAACUCUGUAGUAACUGUUUAAGGCCAGGACAUUUAAAGGUAAAUUGUUUAUCAAGAGGAUGCAAAAUAUGCAAUCGUAAGCAUAAUACUUCUUUGCAUACUAAUGAAAAUCAGAUCCAAAAUAAAAAUAUGACUUUGCUCGCUCAAACGUAUCCUCAGCAACAUGGUAACUUCUCAAAUAAUCACAAUCAAACACCUUGCGUUUUUGCACAGAAUUCAAAUCAUGAAGCGCCGCGAGGUCAGGGUUUAUUGGAACCGGAAAUAAAAAAUAAUCGCGAAGUUUCAAAUACAAAAGUGAACGUUGAAAACCCACACGAACUAACUGAUAAUAAUCAAAGAAUGUUUACGUACACCACUUUAAGUACAAAUCAAGUACUGCUUUCGACUUCAUCUGUUUUGAUUCAAGAUAGUCAAAAUAAAUGGAUAAAAUGUAACGCGCUAUUAGACUCGGGAUCGCAGUGUAAUUUGAUGAGUCAAUCUUUAUUUAAUGAAUUAAAUUUAAAAAGCGAACGAAUUGAUAUUCCUUUAUCGGGAAUUAACCAAAUAGAAACUAAAAUUACUAGUAGAACAAAAACAACAAUUAAGUCACGAUUUAAUAGCUUUAAAAUGGAUGUACAAUUCUUAGUCUUGCCGCAAAUAACUGAAAAAUUACCGAUAUUUAAAUUUGAAAAAUCGGAAAUACAAUACCCGAGACAUCUUGAUUUAGCUGAUGAGCAAUUCAAUACACCAAAACAAAUAGACUUGUUAUUAGGAGCAGGUAUUUAUUUUGAUUUGCUACAAGAGGGUAUUAUAAGAUUAGGUAAAAACAUGCCAAUUUUAAAAGAAACGGUUUUAGGAUGGAUAUUAACGGGGAAUUUAAAUUUAAAUACUGAUAUGUACCAAAGGCAAGUGUGUAAUGUAGCUACAAAGAUUUCAAAUAAACAAUUACAAGACUCUUUACUUAAAUUUUGGCAAAUUGAAGAGCUAGAAGCAAAAAAUAUAUUAUCAAAAAACGAACAGUUCUGCGAAGAAUAUUUUAAAAAUACCACGAAACGAAAUGAAGACGGUUCAUUUAUAGUAAAAUAUCCAUUUCUAGAAGAAGAUAAAGAUAGGUUGGGAAACUCGAAAAUUACAGCGUUAAAAAGAUUUAAUAGCUUAGAAAAAAGAUUAAAUAGAAACGAAACACUAAGAAAUCAAUAUAUUGAGUUUAUGGAAAAUUAUGAAUCGUUAGGGCAUAUGACACUAAAGGGCACAUUAGACACAGAUAAUUCAAUUGAUAAUCGUUCAUAUUUUUUACCACAUACGGCGGUUCUUAGGGAUUCAUCGCUGACGACAAAAUGUCGCGUUGUUUUUGACGCCAGUGCGAAAACAAAUACGAAUAUCUCAUUAAAUGACAUCAUAUUAGCAGGGCCUACAAUACAAGAAGAUCUUUUUUCUAUACUUUUAAGAUUACGCCUUAGAAAACAUGUUUUAAGCGCUGACAUUAAAAUGAUGUACAGAUGUGUUCAAAUUGAUUCAACUGAGCGUAGUUAUCAACAAAUUUUAUGGCGUAAGGAUUCCAAAGAAAAAAUUAAAGUAUUUGAACUAAACACUGUCACAUACGGCACCUCGAGUGCACCCUUUCAAGCGACGCGUUGUUUACUUGAACUAUCAUUACAAUAUAAAGACAAUAAUAGUCAAGACGAAAAUUUGGUUUUGUUUCAUGACCAAAAGGAACUAAAAACCUUGGGAAUCAAGUGGGAUCCUAAUGAGGAUGUUUUAAAAUAUGCGGUUACACCUUACACGAAUGAAAAUAAAAUCACUAAACGUAAUAUUUUAUCAACCAUUGCGCAGAUUUUCGACCCCCUUGGGUUAAUAGGUCCGUCAAUCAUUAAAGCUAAACUAAUUAUGCAGCAACUUUGGCAUUUAAAGAUUGAUUGGGACGAAGAUAUACCGAAUGACUUAAAAACAGCUUGGUUGGAAUUUAUCCUACAAAUCGAUUAUCUUAACAAAAUAAGAAUUCCUAGACAAGUGUUAUUAACAGGUAUAAAAAAUCUAGAAUUGUACGGAUUCUGUGACAGCUCAGAAAAAGCAUACGGUGCGUGUGUAUAUGUAGGAUCAAUGAAUAAUAAUAAAAACCAAAUUAGACUUUUAACAGCAAAAUCUCGUGUAGCACCUCUCAAAAAACAAUCAUUACCUCGUCUCGAACUAUUAGCAGCACAUCUACUAGCGGAAUUAAUUCACAAAUUGCAAAAUAUUUUAGACAUGAACAUUUCCAAAAUAACUUACUUUAGCGACUCAACAAUUGUACUUUCGUGGUUAAGAAUUGAACCAUGUCAUCUUAAAACGUUCGUAGCAAAUAGAGUAGCAAGAAUUACACAGAUUUCUGACGUCGAAAGGUGGAGACAUGUAAGAAGCAAAGACAAUGCUGCAGAUAUUAUAUCGCGAGGACUUAAUCCUAAGGAACUUUCAGAAAAUUACAUCUGGUUUAACGGGCCAGAAUUUCUUAAAAACAAUAAUGUUAUCGAAAUUCCUUAUUUGGACAAUUCAGAUGAAUUACCGGAUUUAAAGUUAACAUUGUUAUUAGCUCGAGAAACAAAUACGGGUAAAAUCGAUAUCGAUAUUUUUGAAAGAUUUUCCAGUUUCAUUAAGUUGCUACGAGUAUUUGCUUAUAUACUAAGAUUCAAAGAUCGAGUAUUAAACAAAGUAACUCAAUCGUCUAUUGAGUUAACAGUAACCGAACUUACCGAAUCUCAACAAAAACUAAUCAAAUUAGCUCAAAGUGAAUCAUUCCCGGAAGAAAUAUCAAGACUGAACAUUGGUAAAACUCUAAAUAAAAAUAGUAAAAUUUUAAGUUUGCGACCUUUUCUUGAUCAACAUAAAAUCGUAAGAGUAGGUGGUAGAUUAAGUAAAUCUGAAAUAACUUUCAAUCAAAGACACCCCAUAAUUUUGCCUUACAAACACAAACUUACCGAUCUAAUCAUUUUAGACCAACACACAAAGUAUUUACACGCAGGGACUCAGAAUUUGCUUUCCAUAAUUAGGUUGACUUACUGGCCUAUUAACGGUAAAAAUGCCGUUAAAAGAAUCGUCAAAUCAUGCCUAAAAUGCUACAGAAAUAAUCCUAAACCGUGUAAAUUUCUAAUGGGAGAUUUACCAAGUGCAAGAGUAAAUCCCAGUAGACCGUUUUCGAAUUGCGGUGUCGAUUAUGCGGGACCUAUUUAUGUAAAAGAAGGCACAUUGAGAAGAAGUAAAAUUGUAAAAACAUAUUUAUGUAUAUUUGUGUGUUUCUCUACCAAAGCAAUUCAUAUUGAAUUAGCUAGAGAUUUGACAACGCCAAGUUUUUUAAAUUGUUUAAAAAGGUUGUGUUCACGCCGCGGAAAACCGAGCGACAUUUUUUCCGACAAUGGGUUAAAUUUUAUAGGAGCAAACAAUCAAUUCUUAGAGUUAUAUAAUACGUUAAAUGAUUGCAAACAUAAUGAAACAGUAUCACGUUUUUUGUCAGGGGAUAAAAUAAAGUGGCAUUUUAUUCCUGCGCGGUCAGCACAUAUGGGCGGACUUUGGGAAGCCGCAGUUAAAUCAGUCAAAUUUCAUUUAAAGCGAGUUAUUGGCGACGCUUCUUUGACGUAUGAAGAAAUGUAUACUGUUCUGGUACAAAUAGAAGCCUGCCUAAACUCACGUCCUUUAACGCCUAUAUCAACAGAUCCAAAUGAUUUCCAACCCUUAACUCCCUCGCAUUUUUUAAUUGGCGACUCACUAGCCAGUCUACCAGAAGAAAAUAUAACCGAUCUUCAGAUGACCAGACUGUCCCGUUACCAGCAUAUGCAGCAGCUUUACCAGCAGUUCUGGGUGCGGUGGUCUAGGGACUAUCUUUGUCAAUUACAAACACGAUCCAAGUGGAAGACGGAUCAAGACAAUUCCUUGAAAGUUGGUGCGUUAGUGGUACUAAUGGACGACAAUUGGCCGCCAUUAAAAUGGACAAUGGCUCGAAUUGUUGACAUACAUAAAGGUGCUGAUAACAUUGUGCGGGUAGUAUCGGUGCGUUUGCCUAACGGUACGGUUUCUAAACGUGCAAUAAACAAAGUAUGCUUAUUGCCCAUUGAAUAG